CAAACUGCUCUUUGUUCCUCCAGCAGAUCCAUCUCACAGAACCCACACGUUCUCCUACUCACAUUUACCCCCAUAUGAUCCGAUGUGUGUGUAAUAAUCUCCAGUAGAACCAGCGAGCUUCUUCUGCUCGGAUCACACUGGAUCUUUUCUGAUGGAAUCAGCAGAAGUGAGUGGUGGUCCUGAUCCAGAUCCUCAUCUUGAACCAGACUUACUGAUUUGUGACGAUGUGAAGACUGAGGUUGGUAGCACUUGUGAUGGAAGUACAUCAACCUCUGAGGACAGAGUUUCCUUCGUGGACCAACAGGAUCAUGGACGCCUGAGGACGCCUGUAAAAGAGGAAGAUGAUGAAUACCUCUGUCCAGGAACAUCGACCUCUAAGAGACGCGUCACCCCGAAGAGAGGACAGAAUGAAGGAUUCCAGAUGAAGGUUGUAAAAGAGGAAGAAUCUGAAGAUGAAGACGAAGAAGAUGUUUGUGGAGCAGCGCCCGCCUCUAUGAUGUUCGUCGCCUCGGACCCUGAGAACGAAGAGGAACCUGAAGACUUCCUCUACUGUGAAGAGUGCAAAUCCUUCUUCAUCAACAAGUGUGAGGUUCACGGUCCACCCGUCUUCAUCUCCAACACCCUUGUACCCUUGGGGGUUACCAACCGAGCCAGACGAACCCUCCCCCCCGGUCUGGAGGUUCGGGAGUCCAGUAUUCCUGAUGCAGGUCUGGGGGUGUUUAAUAACGGAGAGACCAUCCUAGUCGGGACUCACUUCGGCCCCUACGAGGGAGAACCGGCAGACAAAGAGGAAGCCAUGAACAGUGGAUACUCCUGGUUGAUCUCCAAGAGGGGGCCGGGUGAGGAGUACAUCGAUGCUAAAAGCGAGACUCAAGCUAACUGGAUGAGGUACGUGAACUGCGCCAGGACCGAUGAGGAACAGAACCUGGUGGCGUUCCAGUACCGAGGGGGGAUUUAUUACCGCUGCUGUCGACCCAUCGAACCGGGACAGGAGCUCCUGAUGUGGUGUGACGAGGAGUACGCCAAAGAUCUCGGAGCCACGUUCGACUACAUCUGGAACAAGAAGUGCUGCCCAAACGAAACGAACAACUCGUUGUUGCCCAUCGUCUCCUGCGCCCUGUGUCCACUCUCCUACACGUCCCAAACGUACCUCAACAAGCACAUCGUGGAGAGCCAUUACGACAGGCGUGAGACCCUGGAGAAACUGGGAGUGAUCGAGAAUCUGAUUCCCGUCGGGAGUUCCAGCGGUCAGCAGGCGUCCUCUGGUGCUCCCGGGUCCGACGGCUCCCAGAAACGAAUCAAAGAUCUGAUCCCCUGCUUGUUUUGUGGGAAGACUUUUAAUGACCACGGGAACCUCCAGCGACACCAUCGCAUUCACACGGGAGAGAAACCCUAUCAGUGUUUAUACUGCGAGAAGAGCUUUGGCGACCAGAGUCACUUCAAAAUACACCAGCGUGUUCACACCGGAGAGAAACCGUACCGGUGCUUACUGUGCGAGAAGAGUUUCACCGACCACAGCAAUCUUCAACGACACCAGCGCAUUCACACGGGAGAGAAGCCGUACCGGUGCCCACUGUGCGGAAAGAGCUUUAGCGACAGCAGCAGUCUGUCCAAGCACCAGAGGACUCACACGGGAGAGAAGCCCUAUCAGUGCUCGCAGUGCUGGAUGAGAUUCACUCUCCAGAGCAAUCUCAAGAAGCACCAGCGCAUUCACUCGGGAGAAAAGCUGUACCAGUGCUCGCACUGCGAGAAGAGCUUCCAUCGGGAGGAUCACCUCCAAACCCACCAGCGCAGCCACACCGGCGAGAAGCCGUACCAUUGCUUGGUGUGUGGCAAGAGCUUCACCGUCCAGAGCAAUCUCAGAGUGCACCAGCGCAUUCACACCGGAGAGAAACCCUAUCAGUGCACGCAGUGUGGGAAGAGUUUCAAUCGAGGGAGCGUCCUCCAGCAACACCUGCGCACUCAUUCUGGAGAGAAGCCUCACUCCUGCCCCGUGUGCGGGAGGUGUUUUAGGGAAAAGCGCCACCUCCAGCGCCACCUACAGAUUCACACGGGAAAGACGUUUCCCGCCGCUCAGACUCAAAAAAUGAACAAUGUCCUGUUACAAGUCGUCUCCUGCUCCUUCUGUCCACUUUCCUUUACAUCCCAUAAUUACCUCAACAAGCACAUCAGGAGACGCCACCGAGACCAACAUGAGGAUCCGAUUCCCAUUGGAAGCUCCUCUGCUACACUAAGUUCAAACACCUCUCACACAGAGCUGCAGGACGUCCACUCGGGGGAGAAGUCGUACCUCUGCUCACUGUGUGGAAAGAGCUUCACUCGCGACGACCAUCUCCGACGCCACAAGCGCAUCCACGCGUUAGAAAAACCCCACAGGUGCUCAGACUGCGAGAAGAGUUUUACAGACAGAGGAGCUCUGCACAGACACCAGCGCAUUCACACGGGAGAAAGGCCAUACCAGUGCCCGCAGUGUGGCAAGAGCUUCAAUCGAGAGAGUCACCUCAAAACGCACCGGCGCGUUCACACCGGAGAGAAGCCGUACCCCUGCUCGCAGUGUGGCAAGAGCUUCAACAACCAGAGUAAUCUCAAACUGCACCAGCGCGUUCACACCGGAGAGAGACCGUAUCACUGCUCGCUGUGUGGGAAGAGCUUCACUCAGCUGGAUCAUCUGAAGGUGCACCAGCGGACUCACACCGGAGAGAAACCCUAUCGGUGUUCGCAGUGCGGGAGAGGUUUCGCCCAGCUGGGUCAUCUCCAGACGCACCAGCGCAUUCACCCUGAUGAGAAUCUGUAUGACUUUACAGCGUGGUUGCAGCUUCAGUCAUCUAAAAACACUUAAGAUCCUGCUACAAGAACUUGAACAAAUCAUAUAAUUGAUAGAAAUUGAUGGUUUUAUUGUUUUUAUGUUAUUUCUACUUUUCAUGUUGUAGU